AUGAGCUGUGAGGAGAAGCGGUAUCGCUCAAUGCAGGAGCAUAUCCGCAGAGCGCACCCUGAACACUACAUAUCGAAGCUUCCGGCGACAGAGGAGAGCUUCCUUAUGAUGGUGAACACCCCGCCGUCCGAACGACCGCCGCCGCCUCCACCACAACCGCCACGCACAUCCGCAGGACCGUCGGACCCCAUUUUCGGCGAGAACUUCGAUUCUACCAGGUCGUCAGACGAGUUUCGGCGCGGGUCGCUGAUACCAGCCGCGAACGCGGCAGCAGCGCUGGCACAGUUGCACAGUCACCGUGCGGACUUCUCGUGGGAUCCUGAGCAGGAUCUCCUGUCCGAGAACGACUCCAAGCCCAACCGGCUGCGAGCCCACUUCGCGCCGACCGAGUUCGACCAGCAAACAUUCUUCGACGAUGCCUACCCCGUUCCGAAUGCAUACUUAGGCCGAGAACUGCACCCUUCAGCGCUGGCGCGGUCACCGCCCGGUCGUUCCUCAACGCUUCCCCCCGGCAUGCGCGCAGUCAAACCAAACCGCCCACGCAAACCGUCUGUCACACAGAACGCGCUGAAGCCAAAGCACGAGCGGACAAAGUCGAAAGAGCACAAGCGGAGGAUGAGUUAUGACAGGAAGGCACAGUCUGCGGAGCCAUCGCUGGCCGCAGCGAAGCUAGGAUCUCGGUGGGAAGAUCUGAUCGACGCUGCAGCAUCGGCCACGGAAGCGGACAGUCGGGAUCUCACGCCGGUCCCGGCUUCACCGCACAUGUUCAGCCGAUCCUCUCUUCCGCCCGGCGUCGCGUCUCAGUUCCAGCUGUAUCAAGCGUCGCCGCUGCAGAACUCGUUGACCCCUCCGCCGCCGGACCACGCGGACCUGCAUCCGUUUCCCUCCGUGGAGUCGUCGAUCGAGUCGGCCCAGUCGGGCCAGAAUUUCCACAUCGCCUCUCAGGGCCUCUCGGACUCGUCCCCAACCUAUCAGCACCAGGUGCAGAUUUACUGCGCCGGAUGUCACAAGCUGUCGCUGCUCAAGGCAAGCUAUGCUUGUACCGAGUGCAUCUGCGGCAUCUGUCAGGAGUGCGUGGAUGUGCUUGUUGGCGAGCAGGCGCGUGGUAGGAUAGCGAGGUGUCCUAGAUGUGGGUCUAUUGGGGGGAAGUUCAAGCCUUUCCAGCUGGACAUCAGAUGA